GUCGUCAGCAUUUUAGUGUGAUCCAACAACAACAUGGCUGCGCCCAUAAACUCGUUGAUUGAUUCUCUGCCAAAUAAAGAGGAUAAAAUCGAAGUUUUGUCUGAUUUGAAGGCUUUAUUGGGAAAUAUACCAGUUCAGUCAAUAUGUUCUGUUGUUGCCAAUGUAUCUUUUAGCAGUGUCUUUGACUGUCUUUCUACAGAAAAUAGAGAGCAGUUAGAACUGUGCUGUGAUGUGCUGAACAAGUUGUUAAAAGCUCUCUCACCUGAUGUUGUACUGACCCAGUUUCAAGACGAAAUAAAGACUGGCUUGACCAAUGAUGAAGCAGCUGUACGGAAGCUUUGUAUCUCAGAGAUUGAAAGAAUCAGUAGAGAAAUGGUAAAUGAGUUGUUACAGUAUGAAGAAUUGGUUAUACAAGUUGUUAAAACCAUGGCAGAUGACGUUCUUGAGGUUGCUAAAAUUGCUGGGAACACCCUGGUUAAUAUUGGUGGAAGCACCGGUAGUAUAACCACACUGUAUGGUGGGGCGGUGAUGUCAGCUUUACAGGACAUCCUCUCCUCCAAUGACACUGUACGAUUCAGAGUGUAUGAGGUAAUUGUGACCAUCAGCAGUCAGUCUAUAUCUGGAUUACACAGUUGUUCUGAGAGCGGAUUACUACAACAGUUUCUGAAUGAGCUUCAUCGUGACGAUAUCCUCGUGCAGCUCAAUUGUCUCGAGCUUUUGUCUGACCUUGCCCUUGUAGAACAUGGCCUCACAUACCUGGACCAGCAAGGAGUUUUGGCUACACUGGAAAACAUGAUGAGGUCAUCAGAAUCUGACCCUCUGGCAGGAUUUCUUGUACCAGGUUUAAUAAAGUUUUUUGGAUGCGUUGCAAGAAUUCACCCAAAAGAAGUUAUGACAGCCAAUGAGACAUUUGUAUCUACAGUGUUCACAAAUCUCUCAGCACCACAGAGUGACUCAAUGCACAGUCUGGCCAUACAGACCGUAGGCUUCAUUGGAAGCUCAGUGGAGGGAAAGCUGGCCCUGGAAAAGCUAGGUAACAAGAUGGAUACAGGUGUAAGAUGUAUAGGUAAAGCUUUGAGAGAAACCCAGCAUGACACAAAGAUUGUUGUUCUCCAAGCUCUUGCUACACUUCUCAAAUUAAAGGUUCCAGAUCAAACUUCAGAGCUGUUGAAACUUACAGAAUGUUGGUAUAACAAUUUAGGGACUCGAACUUUUGACUACCUUGUGUCACUGGCUGAUCAGCCGUUUCCAGAUUUACGCAUAGCUCUCCUUAGUUUUUACAAUUCUCUGGCAUUGCAACCUUGGAGCCAGGCUAUAAUGAACAGUCAUCCAGGUUUUCGAGAAUACCUUCUCGAUCGUUCGACAGAGAAGUCUAAAGAAGGAAAGGAGGGGAAAUUUGCAAUUAUUUCAACUCUAGCAAAUUCACCAACUUCUGCAGAGAUUUUUGGACAGCCAUAUAUUGUACAGUUAAAGGCUUAUUGUAGCCAGGGACCAUUUUAUGUGCGAGCGCAGGCAGAAGUAGCCAUGGAGGGAGACUCGUGAUCAAUUUUUUUACUGGAGUUAUUUGAGAAACUCGAAUAAAACACCUCCUGUUAAAUUACGCAUUCUUGAAUAAAACCUUCUUUGCUUUCA